UUGAGAAGGAGCCCGUGGUGGUGUUCACGCGCCUGUGCUCCUCUUUCCACUUCCUUACAGCAGCGGUCAUGUGACAUCUCUCCACUGAUCCUGCUGCUGGACACUCACUGAGCCUGUGGAGCUGCUCUGACUCUAAGAAACAAUGUCUGUGGCGAAGCUGGAGGAGUUUCGCGAACGGAUUCAUAAAGAACUGGACAACACAGUGGAUUUCUGGCUCAAAUAUUCUCAUGACACUCUACAUGGAGGCUUCUUCACUUGUAUUGGGAGGGAUGGGAAGGUUUAUGAUGAGCUGAAGUACGUCUGGCUGCAGGGCAGACAGGUAUGGAUGUAUUGCCGCCUGUAUCGUACUAUGGAUCGCUUCCGCAAGCCUGAAAUCCUCGAAGCAGCAAAAGCAGGAGGAGCGUUCCUGAGAAAGUUCGCUCGUGUCUCCAGCGGCAGCAGUGGACAGAAGAAGUGUGCCUUCUGCUUAACAAGAGAUGGUAAAGCAGUGAAAAUCCAGAGGACUGUAUUCAGCGAGUGUUUCUACAUCAUGGCCAUGGACGAACUGAGCAGGGUCACUGGUGACAAGGACAUGCAGCUGGAGGCGGAACAGAUGAUGGAGCAGUUGAUCUACUGGGUUCGGGUGGACUCAUCAGGCCUGGGCCGGCCCCAGCUUCCUGGAGACGUUCCCACCAAUAGCAUGGCAGUUCCCAUGAUGCUGUUGUGUCUGGUGCAACAGCUAACUGAAGGCCGGGGUCAGGAGGUCGUUCAGAAGUACAAAGAGCUGAGCACCUGGUGUGUACAGCAGAUUCUUCAACAUAUCCAGAGAGAUGGCACAGCUAUUCUGGAGAACGUGUCACUGGAGGGAACAGAGCUGCCUGGUUGCCAGGGCCGACUGCAGAACCCAGGCCAUGCUCUGGAAGCAGGCUGGUUCCUGCUUCAGGUCAGUGCAGAGCAGGGGGACAAGGAGCUCCAGAGGACUGCCAUCAACAAGUUUGUGGAGCUCCCUUAUCAGUACGGCUGGGAUAAACAACAUGGUGGUCUCUUCUACUUUAUGGAUGUGGAUGGUCACUGCCCCACACAGUUGGAGUGGAGUAUGAAGCUGUGGUGGCCCCACUGUGAGGCUCUCAUCGCCUUUCUGAUGGCCUACAGUCAAACCAAGGAGCCAGAGCUGCUGGAGAGAUUCACUGAAGUUUAUGAAUACACCUUUAACCAUUUCCCAGAUGCUAAGAGCAGCGAGUGGUUUGGCUAUUUAACACAAGAAGGGAAAGUGGCACUGGAUUUUAAAGGAGGCCCGUUUAAAGGGUUCUUCCACGUGCCUCGCUGCCUGUACAUGUGUGAGCGUAUUCUGGAUGAUCUGCUGGCAAAAAAGGACUGAGCAUUCUGACAUGAAUGUUGUAAUAAUGUGGAAAACAAUAAUCAGUUCAUACAGCAAAUUGCACUAAUUUUCAAAUAUGCAUUGCUGUGAAGUAAAUUGUUUCCUCUCAUCAUAGACAACCAGUUACAGAGCAGCUCAUCAUCUUUAUAUAGCAUCUCACCACCAGUGUGUUGACAUUAAUCUUAAUUAACAUGAAUUACUUUGCAUUUAUCUGAUGGUUUUCUUCCUAUGAGUCGCUGACAUUUCCAAUCAUUGAGUCCAUAUUGUUAACAUGCUUUACAUUAUUAAUCCAGGAUACCUAAUAUGACAAUCCUGCGUUAGGCUAAUACUCAUUCACACUCAUGCUGACAUCUAUAUGUGAUUCACCUGUUCACCACCUUACUAUCAUACAUACUAAAACAUUACAAUCAAAGAAACAAACAUAAAAAUGUGCCUUCUAUUGUGCUAUGGCAUGCUUUGCUUCUGAUCUAUACAGGCCAAUACAUGCAUUAUUGAAAUAUAAUAAUACAUAAUAAAUGUGCAAUGUGAUGUAUUCAAACCAUUUAUCUGAAUUAAUUUGUUAGACACUUAAUGAUAUUGAAAUUUCAGAUAUGACAGGUUAUGGAAGACACACUUUACAUGUACAUGUGUGCAUAAAAAAGUUUUUUUCCCGGAAGACACAGGAUCAAAUGUCAUCAUAUCGUUAGGAU